CCCACGUCCCCAUCAUCACCUUCAUGCACAUACAAACUCCAUUUCAUUCCUCCUUUCUCUCAUUCCUCAAAAUCUAUAGAAUACGUACUUGUAUUCUUCUUCCCUUUUGAUCCCAUUACCAAAUCAACUAAAACAUUUGUUUAUGAUGUCUAACCAUUCCGUUAACAUCCCGAACCUGUCUCAAACUUACGGGCAGGACGAGUUCUUUUCUCGUCGGUGCAUAUGGGUCAAUGGUCCAGUCAUUGUGGGGGCAGGCCCCUCCGGUCUCGCAGUGGGGGCUUGCCUUAAAAGUCAAGGUGUCCCCUUUAUAAUCUUGGAACGGGCAAACUGCAUUGCCUCCUUAUGGCAAAACCGCACCUAUGAUCGCCUCAAGCUUCACCUUCCAAAGCAAUUCUGCCAGCUCCCUGACUUCCCCUUUCCGACAGACUUCCCGGAAUACCCCAGCAAAUACCAAUUCAUUACAUACCUUGAGUCUUACGCCAAACACUUUGACAUCGCUCCACAUUUUAACGAGACGGUGCAGUCCGCCAAGUACGACCAGACUUUCGGCCUGUGGCGAGUCAAGACUGUCUCAAAAAUCAGCUCCAUUCCUGUUGAAAUCGAGUAUAUCUGCCGGUGGCUUGUGGUGGCCACCGGAGAAAAUGCAGAGAAGGUGGUACCGGAGUUUGAAGGCUUGGAGCAAUUCAAAGGUCAUGUUUCCCACGCUUGUGAUUAUAAAUCCGGCCAAAUGUACGCCGGAAAGCGUGUCCUGGUCGUCGGAUGUGGGAAUUCUGGCAUGGAAGUCUCCCUUGAUCUCUGCAACCACAAUGCACGUCCUUCAAUGGUGGUCCGAAACUCGGUUCAUGUUUUGCCUAGAGAAGUGUUCGGAAAAUCGACAUUCGAAUUGACAAUGCUGAUGAUGAGGUGGCUGCCACUCUGGCUGGUGGACAAAAUACUGCUGAUUCUGGCACGUUUGAUUCUCGGAAACAUCGAGAAGUUUGGUCUGAAGCGGCCGUCAACAGGGCCACUAGAGCUAAAAAACACUGCCGGAAAAACCCCUGUUUUGGACAUCGGAGCAUUAGAGAAGAUCAGAACGGGACAGAUCAAGAUUGUCCCCGGGAUACAGAGGUUUUCCAAAGGCAGAGUCGAGCUCGUCAAUGGAGAAAUCCUUGAUGUUGAUUCUGUUAUUCUAGCAACUGGGUAUCGCAGCAAUGUUCCAUCUUGGCUUAAGGAAAAUGACUUCUUUUCCAAGGAUGGGAUUCCAAAGAAUCGAUUCCCAAAUGGGUGGAAAGGGAAUGCAGGGCUUUAUGCAGUUGGGUUCACAAGGAGAGGAAUCUCUGGUGCAUCUUUGGAUGCAAUCAGUGUGGCUCAUGACAUUGCCAGGAGCUGGAAAGAAGAAACCAGGCAGAAGAAGAAAACUGUUGCGGCGCGACAUAGAAGAUGCAUAUCACAUUUCUGAUUCCAUAACUAUUUCCAUGUUUUCUUGAUUGCUUCUUUUGUUUUGGAGAUAGGAAAAAAAUGUGAAAAAAAAAAAAGAAUAUAUGAGAAAGUAGCCCUCUCCUUAGAAAAACCCAAGAUCUGGAAAGGCUUUGGGUUUUCUUUCUUUUUAUUCAAAGGAAGAUGAGGCUUAUAAAUUUAUUGUUUUUCUGUUUUUCUAGUUCUCUAUAUAAUGAAAUUUGUAUCAGAAU